AAAGACUUUUUAUUUUUAACAGACCAUAAGGCUCCAUGCAUGUCUAUAUAUGUGUGCGUAUAGUCUGAAAAAGAGAGAUAAAUAACUUAAAAUAUGAAUGCAGAAAUCAGAGAGCGGAGAGAGAUGGUCGGAGGAACAAGCAGAGGCAAGAAGAAAGGGCACCCGUUGCUGAGAUGGAGUAUGAAACAAGAAAGCUUUAGCCAUGGCUUCUCACAAUCUGACCUCCAAGCUCUCUCUGCCAUCUGCGAGGCUAUCAUGCCUCCUGUUCCGUUACAGACCUUAGACCUUGACAUGAAACUGAAAGUUUUACGCAACGAUGCCCUCUUAUCUUUCUUCAAGUCUUCUGGGUCUCAUGUCAGACCUGAUGAGGUAGCAGAGGUAAUGGCCACAAAGGCAAUGCCAUUGACAGUUACAGUGGUGAGAAUAGUAUUGAGACUACUCACAUUCAGACUGGGAACUUUGCUGCUAUGUGGGUUUGUCUGUCUUGAUAAGAAGAAUUGGUCUCCUCUUCUUCUAAAAUUCUCUGACAUCUCGCUUGAGAAGAGAGAAAAAGUCCUCCAGAAAUGGAACACACAGUGGUAUAACCCUCUUGCAAGAAUUGCUUUUAUGAUGAUCAAAGCCAUCUUCCUGUUCUACUACUUCACCUGGACAAAUGAAAAUACAGAGAACCCUGCAUGGGAUGCAAUUGGUUAUAAGGUGGAUAUAGGUGAAGAAAACGAGAACACAGAACACAAGGAAAGGCCUCUAGAGAAAGGGAUCAUCGAGACAGCAAAAGAAGACGAUGUAACAGCCAUCAAACAACGCCUGAUCAACAAAGGUCUUAAAGUCAAAGAGGACAAAGAAACCAACGCUCUCAAGAUCGAGUGCGACGCAGUGGUAAUAGGUUCCGGCUGCGGAGGAGGAGUCGCAGCCGCGAACCUAGCAAAGUCAGGACUCAAAGUAAUCGUCCUCGAGAAAGGUAACUACUUCGUACCGCAAGACUACUCAACUCUCGAGGGCCCCUCCAUGUUCGAGAUGUUCGAAGCCAACGGCUUGCUGAUGACACACGACGGGAGGUUCCGGUUCAUGGCGGGGUCAACUCUCGGCGGCGGCUCGGUGGUAAACUGGGCAGCGUCGUUGAAAACACCCGACGCCAUCAUCGACGAAUGGUCCAAGGACAGAGGCAUCGCGAUAUUCGCUAGGGAGGAGUACACAACGGCUAUGGAGAGUGUUUGCGGGAGGAUAGGAGUCACCGAGAGAGUCAUCAGAGAAGGGUUUCAGAACCAGAUUCUUCGCAGAGGAUGCGAGAGGCUCGGGCUGGACGUGACGGUAGUGCCGAGGAACUCUUCCGAGGAGCAUUACUGCGGUAGCUGCUCGUUCGGCUGCAAAACUGGUGACAAGAGAGGCACGGAUAUAACCUGGCUGGUCGAUGCGGUUGACAGCAACAACGCAGUGAUACUAACGCAGUGCAGAGCUGAGAAGCUGGUCUUGGUUAAUAACGGAAGAAGAAAAAAAUGUGUGGGAGUCACAGCUUCUUCAACAACAACGUCAAACAAAACGGUAAAGAAGAUUGAAAUCAGUGCUAAAGUGACAGUGGUGGCAUGCGGCUCGCUUAUGACACCGGGGCUGUUAUCUACAAGCGGGUUGAAGAAUCGGAACAUCGGUCGGGGUCUUCACAUCCACCCUAUCCUUAUGGCGUGGGGGUACUUCCCGGAGAAAAACUCGGAGUUCAACGGAGCAGCACACGAGGGAGAGAUCAUGACUUCGUUACACUACGUGUUCGAGAUGGACUCCACGACGCCUAACAUCACGCUGGAGACUCCAGCGUUGGGACCAGGGACGUUCGCAGCUCUCGUCCCGUGGGUGUCUGGAUCAGAUGUAAAAAAGAGACUAGCAAAAUACGCGAGAACGUCUCAUAUAUUCGUUACGGUGAGAGACGAAGGCGUGGGGGAAGUGAAGGAAGGGAUAGUGAAAUAUAAAUUAACCAAAGCUGACGAAGAGAAUCUAACGACGGGGUUAAGGCGAGCGCUGAGGAUAUUGGUUGCUGCGGGGGCGGAGGAGGUGGGGACGUAUAGGAGCGACGGGCAGAGAUUGAAGUGCGAUGGAAUCAAGGAGGAGGAUCUGGAGGAGUUUUUGGAGACGGUUGAUGCGCCGGCGGGAGUCGUGUCGAUGAGUGAGUGUUGGACUCAUUCGUUUACGGCGCAUCAGAUGGGGUGCUGUCGUAUGGGUAAGACGGAGGAGGAAGGAGCUGUUGAUGGGUAUGGAGAGAGCUGGGAGGCGGAGGAUUUGUAUGUGUGUGAUGCGAGUGUUCUGCCUACGGCUCUUGGUGUUAAUCCUAUGAUCACCACUCAGAGUACUGCUUACUGCAUAUCUAAAAGAAUAGCUGAGUUGAUGAAGAAGAGGAAGCAAGAUUGA